AAUGUCGCCUCUUGUUUUAGAAUGAUGAAUGAGAAUAUAAAUUGAUAUAGGAUGGAUGAUCCCUCGGUUGCAGUUUCUAAUGCUACUCAACUUCGGCGUAAUCCUUCAGAUUCGACGAACGACCAGAACGUGCCGAAGCCUUCGAACGGACGAUCUACAGAUCCGAAGUCUGACAUAGUUUUGCUGCCCAUCCAUUCUCCCAAGACCGUACCAAGCGGCUGGGGACGACUAUCGUGGUUUGAACCUCUAGCAUACCGUGACGCGACUCCAAAGAACUGCCACGUUUCUGCCUGCUCAGUUAGCGCCUCGCCAACCAGUGGCUACGUCACUGAACAAGCAUUCCUAAAUUUCAUAUCAAACCCAGCACCAGUACCUGAGGUUGUCACAAAACGAUCUUUAGAAGAUUUACAUUCCAUCCCCAAAAGUUCCCUUGAUGACAUCAGAAGCCUUCCUUUCACCAGGACCUCAUUACAAUCUCUUCAUCGAAGUGUUCUGUCGCUGCGAACUCGACAAGCUUCUCGAGAGUUAUUCGGUCCAGUGGUGCGCACGUCAAGUGAUGAAGGAAAGCCUCCUUCUGGACCGAAACGCCACAUUAGGCCGGAGCUUCAAAAAUCUACUAGCAACGUAGACUUACGGUCUUUUGCCCGUUUUAGGACAAGGAGAGCCGAACUCAUUCGAAGUUUGAAAGACACCCAAAACUCUCCGCCGAUACCACCAAGAAACUCGUGUAACUUUGCAUUCGUUCCUGAGCGUCCUGAUCCGAAAUUAAAAAGUCCGGUCGCGUGUGCCAGCGUUUCGUCUCCAGAAACUCGCGAUGCCUCAGGUCAUGAAAUUCCUUCUCCUAAAGCCACUGCUGGCUCGCCGAAUCCUGAACCGCAGCCACAACAACCACCACAGAAGAAGUGGAGUUUCAAGCGUAAGGUGGAUGUACCUGUGAGAAAUGAAACUCGUCGGUGUAACGAUCAAAACAAUGACACAGAAUCUGUAGUUCUAAGAAAUCCAUCUGGUGCAAAUAAGAGCAGUAGGUUCUCGCUCUUCCGUCGUUCUGUAACACAGGCAGAGUUUGGCAAAGUUAAUGUGAAUCUGCCCCAGCAAGCAUCUCGACUUGUUAGUAGUAGCAGCAGCUGCAGUAGUGGAAGCGCGUCGAGUCUUAAUCAGCCAAAUGGAUCCCCGCGUUCUACCUGCAAUGAUAAUAACUUCCAAGUUAAUGCUAUUUUUAAACUAAGUAAGAGCAAAAGCCGACCCGAAGAGUCUGUCUCCAGCCAUUUUAUUCAUUGCCAUAACGAGGCAGUAGACGAUCGAGUUGAAGACAACAACUGUAAACGCUCCUCACCCAGUUCUAGUCAAGCGCGUGAUGAUAGCUAUAGUUUACCAGAUCAAGCAAGAAAGAAUAAAGCCUUAGCAUUCCUCAGUGUUAAAGAUUUUACUAUCAAAAGUAAACUUAAGAAAACCCUGAAAAAUAAUUUCAUAAUAAAGCGUAAUCGGUCUCAGUCCGUUAAUGAUUCUCAAAUCGAUGGUCGUAGUCAGGUUGUCAACGGUGCGAAUAAAUCUGACGAGAAUUCCCGAUCUAAGUGUGACUCAAUCUCCAGUGCUUCUGAGACUGGCUCCUUGACAAUUGAAGAGCAAUCGUCUACGGAUUGCUCUAAAUUUGACUCGAAGUGUCAUAAUUUUGUAUCUCUUGCAACUAAGGGAAAGUCCUUGCCUGACGAAAGUUCAACUGUUGUGCAUUUACCGCGUAGUGCAUAUUUUAAGGCCGAUGAAGUUCUCGAGUUUUAUAAAGUACACAACUCUCCACUUGAUGCAUUUUCUCCUCCCUCAGCUACCACAACCGCUUUUGGAUAUUUUCCCGCUGCUGAAGUCGACAAUUUGAGCGACUCGGUUUCAUUUUCAGACGAGCCCGAUAUUUUUGAAACUACUUCAUCUUUAGAGCCCAGCACAAGUCUCACAUCCAAGAAAGGAGUUUCAUCGUCUCAGUAUUUACAGGAAAACUUCCCUCAGCAUUGUUUGCCCAAGACGACUGAUGUGUUUCGUGUUCCAUCUAUCUCAUUUCCUACAUAUCAGUGCGACUUAUCUGAACUCCAGUCUGCGGAAAGUAAGGUUGACUUAACUAAGUCUGUCUGCACUACUUCCGUAUUUUAUGAGGACUGUCUUGACUCUUUAUCUUCUUCAAAGUCAAGUGCGAAACUUCCUGCGUCUAAAGACUUUCACAUAACCCCUCAGGCCUGCAUAAAAACAAAUGCCAUUCAUCUAGCUAAUCCUGCGAUUCACGAAAGUUUUACUAUUCUUAAGCAAUUCAACCCCACAACUGCUGAAAAAAAAUCUUCGCAGAAACAUUCCAGUCUUACAGUCACCGAGGAGUCCAUUCAAACGUCACAGGUGGUAAACGGACGAGCUACUAACGCCCACUCUGAAGAGACUUCAAACCCCGAUGAAUCAAUUUCUGGACUCCAGCUGCCUGAGAACGAAUAUAUUCGAAAGAAAGCUGCUGACGACAACGACGUUCUGUCUGAUGUCCGAUGUGCAAACCCCGCUGUUGAUCACAUUACUGCGAGAAAAAGUGAAGCGGAUAAGUGGUCGCCGCCACAAAUUUCUGGCAAACCUACUGUAAGCGUCGAUUUAUCUGUCCACGCUAACUGCGCGGAAGCAGUUUUAGAUAAAGACGUUGAUUUUCCUGCUCGGUGCGUAUCUGCUGCCGCUGAAACUGGAUGCAGUAAUCCAAGGGAAAGUAUCUCGAGCAGUGACGCUGACACAAAACGUGGCUGUAGAUCUGCUGAGGAUUUAGACUCGGUUUGUGCUUGUGACUCAAGUGCAUCAGGAGACGACAUGAGUCAUCCAGGGGGAACUCUACGCCGAGGCAUCAAAGCCACGACCUCGCGCAUCAUAGGCGCCUCCAUCAGGAGGCCGGGCCUGUCCCCCGCCAUAUCGCUAGAUCGCUCCCUGGGGUACGGACCUACCGAACCGUCGCGUUUCGUGGAUGGCGUGAGCUUCAAAGGAAAGCUCAUCGGGGUGCUCGAGGUGGAGGCGGCGAGAGGCGACCGCAUGUGUCAGGAGGCGCUGGCUGAACUGAAAGGCGCGGUGCGGGCGGCCGGGGAACACAAGCAACGGAUUGCCGUGACCGUGGCUAUGGAUGGCAUCAGACUCAGGGAUGAUCGUACCGGGGACUGCUUGUACCAUCAUCCCGUUCACAAAAUAUCGUUCAUCGCUCAAGACAUGACCGACUCAAGAGCGUUCGGCUACAUCUUUGGAUCUCCCGAUGCCGGCCACAAGUUCUUCGGUAUAAAGACGGAAAAAACUGCCAGCCAAGUUGUUAUUGCCAUGAGAGAUCUUUUUCAGGUGGUUUUUGAGAUGAAGAAGAAAGAAAUUGAGAAGGCUCGGUCUCAGCUCGAAGAGGGUCGAGACGGUGUUGAUUUCAAGGACUCAGGUUUCCUGUCAAGCCUGGACGGAAGCAGUAACUUCAUCAGCGCGUCUCUGACGUGCGGUGCUGGGGGUGCGAUCGCUGAUCUGCUUGACCUGCAGAGCGAGCUGUCUAACCUGCAGCGCGGCCUGUCGCAGAUAUCUAACAGACAGGCCGCUGUCUCGUCGUCGGGGUCAGACGCCCAGCCAACCUCAGCAAAUAAAAUAACAAAGGACGACAAAGCGUUCGAUCCGUUCGGAGAUUCAUUUCGUCCAACGAGUUUGCCUGGAUCAGCCAAUAGCAGCGGCGGCAAGGGAGGAGUUAUUUGUGGAUCGUCAACUCUGCCGUCCAGCAAAACGAGAAUACCUUCAACAUCUUCGUGUGGUAGCAAUGUUAGCAUUUCAAACAUUCCUCCUACUUUAGCACCACCUCCUUUGACGGGCCGAUCUCGGCACGACAGUUCGCAUUCCCGAAAACACGCACGGCAGCACGGCAUGGGAGGAUCUGACUCGGAGCAUCUGGAGUUUGGAGCCAACGCAUUUCCUGUUGAUUUCUCCAACGUGACGCGCGCUGGUGCUCAAAGUGUUCCCCCGCACGAUGUUUCAGAAGAUCGCUAUGCUGUGUUCAAAGAAGUACGUCCUUCUAGCGAUGAAAGCUUGAAUGAAUUUGGAAAAAGUAACACUGGUGGGAAUUUUACGAACUGUCGGAUGGCGAUGUCUCAUGAAGCUGUAGAUUCCAGAACAGGAGGCUUCGAAGACGGCUGGUCCCUUAACGAUUUGGCAGGAACAAACGCCGCCGGCGAUUUCGAAAGGCGCCAAGGAUCCAACUAUGAUGUUUUUGUUGAUUUAGAUCCGCUGGGUACUGGCAAAAGUAAACCUUUCAUAGACAAGAAAGAUUUCUUCAACGACGUCCGAAAGCAGAAAAAGCGUUUGCUACGAGAAUUGGGGGAUGGAGAAGAUUCUCACCCUGGGUCUCCUCGCACACAAACAGGCGUGAUUCCUACAGAAGUUUCGGUCCUGGUAGCUUCACUUUACACAUCAUCUGGCCAUCCAUGCACAUCUUCAGAAGUUCUCACCUCACACUAUCCUUCUUUGACUACGUCCACCACGCCAAUGCACAUUGCUGCUAUUGCCUCACAUUCUUUUAGCGAGUCAUUUAGCCCACCUUUAGAUUCGAACGAAGAUUAUCGCGAUCGUCAACAUCAUACAGUGGACUUGCAACAACAGCAACAAUUUGAGACUCCCGUAUCUGGUUUUGCCGAUUUCAACCGUUUCUCUGGUGAAAGUCCACGGAGUCAGCGGUCAGAAAUGUCUUCUAGCAGCAUGCCUGAAGAUAAUACACCACAAUUGCUCACAGGUGCUCUUACUGUUGCUCUACCUCCUGAAUCUUUCCGUGAUUCACCACCGUCCCGCUCCCCACCACAUACUUCUCAUGAACAAAGACAGUCCUCAGCAUCUCCUGAGCGGAGUCCACAACAGGCGCCGAAGCACCUUUUUAAACAGACUCUCCCUUGCCCUACAGACGAUUCUGUCAGCCCUAAAACGCUUCCUCGAAGCCAUAAGUUUCUGCAGCAGGAGAGUGUGGACGGAGAUUGGGAUUCACCUCGCCAGAAAAGUGUACGGGAUGAAGGCCAUCACGAGCAUGAUGGCUUUAACGUUUCAAGGGGAUUGUCAGGCUGGGACGAGCAGUCGUCCGAGUCAAGCCAGCAUUAUCAAUCUCGAGAAGCCAUAGCGAGUGUUGGUGGAAUGAGUCCCCGCCCGCGGCCUCGUGGUAGUUUAACUAAGCAUUUAAGUGCUAGUUCGGCGACUCUACCCUUGCGUCAACCAUAUCGCUAUGGACGAAAGUUGAGUCACGACCAGAACUUCGAUCUCGCUUAUGAGCAGCAUGAAUACAGAGCAAGUCAGGAGAGUUUUGGCCGAAAGUAUGGCUCAGAUGAACUUUUUUCAUCUCCCGAAGGGGAGUGUCGGCCGUUCCCUAACGAAGACGCGGACGGACCAUAUGAAGAAGCUCCUUACCCGCCUCCGCGGCCGGCUCCUAUAGAACCACCUCCGCUUCCACCAAAACGUCAACCAACUGACAUCAAACUUAGACCUCCGCCCCGCCCUCCUUCUUCUGCAUCUCAAGACGCUCAUUAUCUCUACAUCAAUGACAAGUACGAUUUGCCCCCCGAAUCUUCACGCGCCAAUACAUCAACUGGAGAGGUGACAACCUCUCCUCCCAUCCCCUUGCCGUCCCGCAAACCAAGAUAUUCUGAAGCCGCGCCUCCUGCCUGCCUACCUAACCGCGCUAACAAACCAACUUUCAUUGCUAGUGAACCGUUUCAUUUCCCGAGACCUAAUCUCAGUCCAACACAUGAUUCUUUUAACACUGGCGCUAUCCCGAAAAUGUCAUCCUGUUCGAGAGAUUCUACUCCUAGCAAAACAUCGACCCCAUCUGGAAAGUCUCCACGUUCUGGCAAGCGACCAUCUACAGGAUCAAUUGAUCUGACCAACACCAGCCUCGACCAGCUCGCGACAAAAUUGGAAAUUCCAGUGGAGCAACUUGCAAAAAUGACGGUCGUUGAACUGGCUGCUUGUUUGGCCCAGCUUCAGCUCAAACAAGAGUCAGCCGAGACAACCUACUCGGAAGAUUUUAAGAGGGGAACCUCGCGUUUUUCGGGAACCUCAAAUUCUUCUAGUUGCGAGAGGAGCCAAGACAGAAUAGAUACAAAGAAAGAUCACAUGAACAAGUUCAGUGAUGAUGAAGAUUUUGCUCGUUUUGAUGCCCAAUUUCCGGCAAGCCCUCUGCGUACUCCGGAUUUUCCUCUAAACCUCGAUUCAGCGAAAAAUCAGAAAUUAGGUGCACCCGUUAGUGAAGACAGAUACGCUGUGUUCCGAGAACUGACAGUGACCGCCAAACAUAAGUCUGUUUUCGACGAAAAUUUUCUCACUCCACAGAAUUCCAUGGAAGACGAAAUUUCAGAAGUGUCUUCUGGGACUUUCAAAGUGAAUUUUGCUCCUGCAAACUACCGCCAGGAUUCCAUGGAUAUGAAAUCGUCUGUAAGCGAUGAUUUUGAUCACGAUCGUGAAUACACUGGCAAGCAUUGGAGUAGCACCGGUGGACCUGAAGAGGGAGUUACCAUCUUUAGGAGUCCUGAUAUUAGCGAAUAUGAAAAUUUCGAGCCAACUUUUGAAGCCAAAUUUGCUGACGAUUUUAGUGAAGUGGACAGGCAUUCAUUAGACUUGAUUGAAAUGACUGGCCCACUCCGUAGUCCAGCCACACAAAAACUAAGUACUGACUCGGGCAAAUCUCCUUUCACCGAUGAUUUCAGCUGCAUCUCACAAGAAGAAAUUGUCAAGACAUUAAAUGCUCCAAAAUUACGAAAAGAAAACACUAGUAAAUUUGAAGAUGACUUCGUUCCUCCAGUAGAACAAGACAAGUAUGCUGUCUUCCGCGAACUAGAAAAGAUGAAAAAUCACUCAAAACGCAAGUCUAGCACCUCGAGUAAAUCUCCGUUUGAUGACAAUUUUGUUGAGAACGGACCUAGGGAAUGUACUGUGAUGGACAGCGGUUUUCUCUCAACAGCCGAAGUUGAGUUUGACAAAUUCGAUGAUGUUUUUAAAGACGCAGAGGAAACUAAAAAUGAAAUGGAUCGAACAGAACAGUCUACAAAAUUUAACGCCAACGCUGAAACAGACUCCGUGGACAUGGUUCAAGAAGACAAUGAUAGCCUCAAUAAAAGCCCCAUUGAUGACUACCCACCAAACAGAAACGACAGGUACGAGGUUCUGAAGGAAGUUGAGAGCGAAAGAGAGCCUUCUUUAGAUGGAGAUGUUGGUGAAAAUGGGCAACGCCUUAGCAGGUCAUCUCCAUAUGGUGGGUCGUGGCAUGAUUCUAGUCGCAAUACUCCGUACGACGAACAAAAGUUCAGGUACGAAUCACCACAAUCCAAAAACGAAGGUGCAAGUCCUUGUGGAGAAGUGGCAUUCAUUGAUAGUGAGCAUACAGCGGCAAUGGCUCGUGGGCAUCAAGAAGGGUCUUUCCGAGACAACAAACGUGAGCGCCCGACGAUUAACCAAACCAUGUCACUUGAUGAUCGCAUGAAGAACUGUAGCAGGGAGUCACCCUAUGAAGACUGUCUGAGCGGUUCUCAUGAUGUUUCUUUAGAAAUGAAAAAUGGUUUCUUAGGUUCUGGCAGACCAAAGACUGCUGAACUCCACCGUUCACGGUCCUCUACUACGCCAAUUGGUUACGACCGUCAGUUCUCUCCCGUACCAGAGAGCAACAGUUUACCUCCUGUUGGGUCCGGGAAGGGUUCCUCAGGGUUCAGCCGAACUUCCUCAGUGUGUAACGAUGCAAAGCCGUCACCGUCUCCUUUCGACGACAAUUUCAUCUCUGCUGUUGAGAGCGUUGCGGACGAAGUGUGCUUUGAGGCUGCUUUUCCGAGUCUACAACCUCUUCCUGACAGUCUCGUAGACGACGGUUCUGAGUUCCCGUUCACUGAUGACACACAAGAUGACGUUUUCGUUACUGGUAACAACGCAUUCGCUGAUUUUGAAAACGCGUUCCAAGAAGAUCGACCCAGCGUCCGAGAGAACGAAAAUUUGACAGCGUCGCCCAACAGCCACAACCCGAGUUUCGAAGAAGCUCAAGAAAUUUUUCCAGAUGGUGAGGUUGAAUUCAGAGUAUCUGCGCGUUUUGCCCAGACGUCCAAGGACGACCCUGAUGAUAUUUUCAGGAGAAAUAGCGAUCCUUUUGCAGAGGAUUUCUUUGCUGAAGAUUGUUCGCCAAGUGUUGACGUCGCAAUUUCUGGGACUGAAUGUUCUAAAAGUUGGAAAGAACCCUUUGAAGUAUUUAAUUCUAAUAAUACUAGUAGUAGUAGUACCAAGUGAAAUGCAGCAAACGCCUAUGUAACUAUGAUAUAACGAGCAAUGUAGUUAUUAUUAAUGAUUACACGUCUGAAAGAACGUCAAUUUUUAUGUUAUUCGAUCAAACGGUUAUUAUACCGCGUACUUUGUGAUAUUAUUUAUACACGAAUCUCAUGAAAAUAGUCACAAAUCGUGCAAUGUCACUAACAGGAAUCUCUCUAUUGAGGGGUAUUCAGACCAUUUUUAUUUUUAAUUUACCCGUCGUUUUUCACCGAAGUCGAGGCCAUUGAUUCGUAUUAAGCAUUCCUUUUUAUUUAGCUGGUGGACGUGCUGUGAGACGAACGACUUAGGUUCCCAAUCGUUAUUCAUCGCUUAUCUGUAACUGAUCUCGUUGCCUUGGAAAAAUUUUAUUAUUAUAUUAUCUCCUGUAAUCCGUUGAUUCAUUUCUUUGGUCACAAGUUUAAUGGGCGUUAAUGAAUUUUUAUAUCUAGAGUGCAUCGCCAUGGUUGCAAGCAAAUUCGCUAGCAUUAGCCUAUUCUAUUGAUACAAAGGAAAUGUCGCAAGAAAUUUCCCACAGAGGCUAAAAUAUGAGUGGAACAAUCGUUUCAGAAAUAGUAAUUACUUCACUAAAUUCAAGUCUUUGUAAUCAAAAUUUUAUUUCAUAAUCUUAUAAGUUUUUGUACAAAACACUAUGACGAUGAGAUCUAAGCGCUUUUUUUUACAGCUAAUGAAUUUAAUCUUACAUUUUGUGUGCAAUUUCUUAGCGUAAGUUAGGUUCCGUUUGUCUUUAGCAUUGCGUUUUUAAUUUAUAUGUCCAUAGAGUUGGAUCCAUUUAAUUGCUCUAGUUGAUUAUUUUACUACUACCAUGAUUAACUUCGAAAUAUAAUUAUCAACUUCAUUUUUAAUGUAAAUUUCAAAUCUGUAAUGCAAAUUUCGAAUUCGGUUUAUAAAUAUCCUAUUUAAAAAUAUUAUAUUGUCAGGAAAUGGUAGUUAAAUAUACAUUCAUGUACCGCAGCAAUAUUAUAUUGCGUAUACUUAGGACGGAUGUCAGUAUAAAUGUGAAUUUUAUGUUGCAAUUAUGCAUGACAUACAAGAAUUAGUUUUUACUUUUAAUUUUUCGUAAAACUAUCAACACGAUACACCAUCAGACAACGGACUCGCUUAUGCGACGACAAUUUGUUUUCUUCUUCGACCGGCAACCCGUCCGGUCAGAUAAUCUGUUAGUCUAUAUCGCACCCUUGAGAUACAGCAUUUUGAGGAUUUACGCGAGCAAAUAUAUUUUUACCGAUAAUUUAUAUAAAAUUUGCAUUGUGCGUCAUAAAAUUAUUAGCUCAUUGAACUAAUAUUUACGCCAUUUCGUCUAAAUUGCAUAUACGUACGCAUUUUUGUACAUUGCAUUUGAACGAAAAAUGUGUGGCAAUGGAACAAUUUCAAGACGGGUUGGAAUGUGUUUGAACUUCUCACUGCUGAUGCAUAGCAAGUCGUGUUAUUUGCCACACUUGUAAUGCAAAUUUCGUCCUAUGAACGAUCAUCGUACCUUAUAAUUGAAGUUGUGUCAUAGUAGAAAGUUAAUAGUCAGCUUUGCUAACUGGUAAGAAAUGAUUAAUUCAUUGACGAAAACUAUCGUAACGAUGAUAUCGACGAUAUCUAUCUUAACGAUUAUAUCGACGACAACUAUCGUAAAUAGUAAUGCAUGUAUUAGAAUGAAUUGCAUAAAAUAAAACAAGCCACAACAUGAUUGAGGUCCACCAGCAGUCCAGUUUAUACCGCACAUCGGACUAGUUGGAGAAUAAAUCGCGAAUUUCA